AUUGAAGGAAGACUGGCGGAAUUAUUUUGCUGUAGGACCAAGCGGAAGUUGUGCUUUGCACGGGGUAACAACAGCAGGCAUGGCAAUCUUGUGCAGCAGAGUUUCGCGCGUGUGCACGUUUGGUAGGAGGAUAGCUUUGCGGAAUCAAGCAACUGUAGCUACACAUGAAAUCCAAUUGGAUAAUACCUCACAAUUCUUAGACACCACACCACACCGGAAGCAUCCUGGUAUUACAUCGAUGAAUAUGGUUUGCUUACCUCCACCAUUAGAAGAUGCUGCUAAAGUACUUUUGAACAAAUGCUCAAUAAAACAACUUGAAGAGCGGUCAAAGUUUCUGUGUAACUUUCUGUGGAGUAGGAAAUGUCCAGUGGAAGACUGGGUGAUUCAGCAGAAAGCUCAGGAACUUGAGAGAAAAGCAAAAGAGAGGCUUCAGAAUCGUGCAAAAAGUACAGAUUUGUCUGGAAAAGAAAAUGUGGAUAAAGAUCAGCCAAAUUUACCUUUGGAUGAGUUGCAUUUUGAAGAAAAGAUGCGCAAAAAAGUUUUGACAGACCUGAAGAAAGCAAUCUAUCACUGGAAACCAGUCAGGUACAAUGAGGAACUGAGUUUGAUUUAUGCAGCUGCCAGGCUAGAUGGGGGAUAUGCUGCUGUGUCAAGGGCUUUGCAUGAGAUAAAGAAAAGAGUUCCUGACUUUGCACCCCAAACUCUGCUAGACUUUGGAUCAGGCACUGGAACAGUUGCAUGGGCAGUUAAUUCCAAGUGGGGCUCAACCAUGAAAGAAUAUGUUUGCGUGGACAGUUCUGCAGCUAUGAACAAACUAUCAGACCUCCUUUUAAGAGGUGGCUGUGAAUCCCAAGAGCCUCAUAUCAAGGGUGUAUAUUUUAGACAAUUUCUGCCUGUGUCACCAAAGGUUCAAUUUGACUUGGUGGUGUCUGCCUUCUCUCUUAUUGAACUGCCUAGUGCCAGUGAUCGAAUUUCCACUAUUCAAACUCUUUGGAGGAAAACACAGUCUUUUCUGGUCCUUAUUGAAAAUGGUACAAAAGAAGGGCACCAAGUUCUCAUGGAAGCUAGAAAUACCAUAUUAAAGUUACAGGAAGAAGAUAGGCUAACCAAGGAACACUGGGAUGUCUCUGUUUUUGCUCCAUGUCCCCAUGCUCUGUCUUGCCCCAAGCUGGUAGGAAAAGUUGCUGUACCCUGUAACUUUGCACAAUCCUAUCGUCCACUGAGCAUAAAUUCGAACUCUGAAAAUAAGCUGGAAAAGUUCUCAUUUGUAAUUCUUCAGCGUGGACCAGCAGACAACACGAGUCACUGGCCAAGAAUUGUGCAGCCAGUACUGCGAAGAGCAAGACAUGUUCAUUGUCAUCUUUGUUGCUCUAAUGGGGAAAAGCAACAUGUUGUUAUUACUGCAAAAAAGCAUGGCAGGGACUUAUAUCGCUGUGCUCGCAGUAGUGACUUGGGCGAUCGGCUUCCAAUGGCAGCUGUCAAGAGUAACAGUGAUAUAGAAGUUUCUGCACCAGGAAUUCCUUAACUACACUUUGCCCUUUCCAUUGAAGAAUAUGAUGUGGUUGCAGCACUGGGCACAAGGCAUUAACCAGGAACUGACUUUGGACAGGAUGCCCAUGCAUCAGAGGACACACUUGCUCAUAACUAGCCAAUUCUGAGCUGCCCAUUAGCCCAAACCGAAUAUUUUAGGGUUGUGGAGGAAAUUGGUGUGCCCGCCAGCAAAACUGGUGAACAAGCAAACUCCUCACAUAUAGUGAAAAGACAAGAAGUCCUUGGAGCUGUGAGGCCCAGCGUGAAACUCUAG